AUGGCGGCUUCUCCCGAUGACACAAAGGACUUCAAGAUUGCUGCGGCUAGCCCGCCCGCCGAUGACUUCGGAAUUGCCAAUUCGGAAGAGCUCAAGGGUGGAAGUGACCAAUAUGAGGUUUUCAAGAGAGGGGAUGGUCAGGUCGACUUCCGGACGGUGAGCUGGAUCCGCGCAUCGGCUAUCUUUCUUAAGAUGCUCUUUGCUACCGGCAUUCUCUCCAUCCCAUCGGUAAUGUACGAUCUCGGUGCCUUUCCGGGAGCCGUGAAUCUAGUAGGCUGGUGCCUCCUCAACGCAUACGGCGCUAUCAUCCUGGGAAACUUCCGCAAUCGGCAUCCCCAGUGUCAUUCGGUAGCAGAUAUGGCCCAAGUCAUCGGCGGGCCUAUCCUCCGGGAGAUCGUGGGAUUCAUGUUCAUCAUUUCAUACGUGAUCACGGCCGCCUCCGGCGUCAUCGGCGUCUCGGCUGCCUUCAAUGCUUUAUCGCUCCAUGCCAUGUGUACGGUCUGGUGGUCAAUCAUCGCGACGGUCAUCAUCGCUGCUUUCGCCAGCGUCCGGAAAUUCUCCCACAUUGGAUGGCUCACGUGGGUAGGCUUUUUCAGCGUUCUUGUGGCGGUUUUUAUCAUCGUUAUCGGCGUAACAACCCGAGACAGACCGGCUGUGGCCCCUCAGACCGGAGACUUCGACUUCGGUUACCGGGUCAUUGGCCAUCCUACCUUUGCAGCCGGCAUCACGGCCGCAGCGACGAUCUUCGUCUCCAGCUCCGCCACAUCCGCCUUCCUCCCAGUCAUCUCAGAGAUGCGCAACCCCAAAGACUACCCCAAAGCGGUCUAUCUCAGCAUGGGUUUCGUGACCGCCUCGUAUCUCAGUUUUGCACUGGUCAUCUAUCGCUGGUGCGGCAAAUGGAUCGCCUCUCCCUCGCUCGGCAGCGCCGGCGAAACCGUCAAGCGAGUCGCAUACGGCAUUGCAUUACCGGGUCUCAUCGUCAGCGGAUCUCUGUAUGUGCACGUUGCCGCCAAGUAUCUCUUCGUGCGAAUCCUGCGCAACUCAAAACACCUGCAAUCGAACAGUCUCACGCACUGGGGUACAUGGCUGAGUUGUACAAUCAGCCUUUCAGCGAUCUCGUUCGUGUUGGCCUCCGCGAUCCCGAUUUUCACGUAUGUAUUGGCGCUGGUGGGGAGUCUUUUCUUUGCGCCGCUGGCGAUCAGCCUGCCCGGGUGGUUGUGGCUGUAUAGUCAUGACCAUUAUCGACGCGGGGGUGUGAUGCGGAAGGUCGUGUACAGUCUACAUGUCGGUCUUGUUCUGUUAGGAGCGUUCAUGGCUGUCGGCGGGACGUAUGGGGUGAUUGUUCAGAUCAUGGAUGCUUAUAAAAGCGGGAAGAUCGAUAAGGUGUUUUCUUGCGCUGAUAAUAGUGGUUCGGUCUAG